UCUGUUUCUGACUUCUGUGGUAAAUGGUGCACAGUGACAAAAUGAAAAUACAAAUCGUCGAUGUUUGACGUCAUAGGAAAUAUGAACUAUGAUUAUUUAGUGAUUAUAUUUAGUUUGUGUGAAGUUUAAGUGGACAUUUAUAUAUGUAUUUAGUGAAAUUACAAAAAUGGAGACCGAUUGGAUGAUAGAAGAACAGACGACGCCAAAGCAGGUGGCAUCACUUACAUCACUGGACACAGGUGUUAAGCCAGCACCUAGUGGUGCUGCAUAUGUGGCAGAAAGAAACACAUGUCUAAACCUUUUUUCAAAAUGGAACGAAACCGACCAGGUGGAGUUUGUAGAGCAACUUUUGGCGCGUAUGUGUCAUUAUCAGCAUGGUCACAUAAACGCAUAUCUCAAACCUAUGCUGCAGAGGGAUUUUAUCAGCAUGCUGCCAAAAAAAGGCCUAGAUCAUGUAGCGGAGAACAUCCUCUCGUAUUUGGACGCGAGUUCGCUGUGCGCCGCAGAGCUGGUGUGCCGCGAGUGGCAGAGGGUGAUCUCGGAGGGGAUGCUGUGGAAGAAGCUGGUGGAGCGGAAGGUCAGGACUGACUCUCUGUGGAGGGGGCUCGCUGAGAGGAGAGGAUGGAUAAUGUAUUUAUUCAAACCGAAGCCAGGCAGCCAGCAUCCGUCCCACUCUUUCUACAGACAACUGUAUCCUAAGAUAAUACAAGAUAUACAAUCUAUUGAAGAGAAUUGGAGAAUGGGAAGGCAUAAUUUGCAGAGGAUAAACUGCAGAUCGGAGAACUCAAAAGGCGUCUACUGUUUGCAGUAUGAUGAUAAUAAAAUUGUAUCCGGGCUUAGAGAUAAUACAAUUAAAAUUUGGGAUCGGAAGACUUUACAAUGUAUUAAGGAACUACAAGGUCACACGGGUUCAGUGCUUUGCCUGCAAUACGACGAAAGGGCAAUCAUAUCCGGUUCAUCAGACAGCACAGUGCGAGUAUGGGAUGUCAAUACUGGUGCGAUGCUCAACACACUGAUACAUCACUGCGAGGCCGUGUUGCAUCUGCGGUUUUGCAAUGGGAUGAUGGUCACGUGUAGUAAGGAUAGAUCAAUAGCUGUAUGGGAUAUGACGUCAACGACGGAAAUAAUGCUCCGUCGGGUACUCGUCGGGCACAGGGCCGCGGUGAAUGUGGUUGACUUUGACGAGAAGUACAUUGUCAGUGCGAGUGGUGAUAGGACUAUUAAGGUAUGGAAUACGUCGUCGUGCGAAUUCGUACGGACGUUGAACGGCCACAAGCGUGGCAUCGCGUGCCUUCAAUACCGGGACCGGCUCGUCGUGUCCGGUUCGUCCGAUAACACUAUCCGGCUGUGGGACAUCGAGUGCGGACAGUGUAUACGCGUUUUGGAAGGGCACGAGGAGCUUGUUAGGUGUAUACGUUUCGAUAACAAACGAAUUGUGAGCGGUGCGUACGAUGGAAAGAUUAAAGUGUGGGACCUUCGAGCCGCACUCGACGUUCGUACGCCGCACCAAGAUCUCUGUCUACGGACGCUGGUGGAGCACACCGGCCGCGUGUUCCGCCUUCAGUUCGACGAGUUUCAAAUCGUGUCGUCGUCGCACGACGAUACGAUUCUCGUGUGGGACUUCCUGAACUACACGGGGGCUUCGCCCGCGCCCCCCGCGCCCCCCCAGCCUAGGUGGGCCUCGCCCGAACUGGAUAGGGCCUUCUAUGACUAGAUUGAAGAUAUCCACCGCUUUCGGACAUCAUUAUAUAAGUGUUUUUAAAUGGCCUUUGGGCACUCGACGCGAAUUUAAGAACGAAACACCAAUGUCUAAUAAAUGUUAUAUUUUUUUUUACUAAACUAAAAAUCAACUCGUUAACCUCCUUUAAAAAGACGACUGUCGUCUCUUAGGUGGGUUCGUCACCGUUGCGUUGACUGGCUAUAGGCGCAUUAUGCAGACAGUUAUGAGAAACAUCGUGAUCGACAAAUCGAGGUGUCAGGCACAGAUGGCUGAACUUACAAUAAUCAAGUUUAUCUGAUGCCGUCAUGUUUACGCCCAGUGUGUCAAUAAUGGCUGCCAUAUUUGAACCGUAACAGUCAGAUGUGAGCUCUUGCUGUCUUUACGGGAUUUUUGAAGUGGAACUGUCAAUUGUCAUUAAAAAUGUACACGUCAUUUUUGACAUGUGUGCCUUCUUUAAGGGGCCGUUUAACUUAUGUAAACACUAUAAGGGUGGGAUCUUUAAUUUAUUUGGUGAUUACGUCAACAUUUACUUUUUUACACAUUACCCACACAUUGUUUGUUGUUUUCGAGGAUUUCUGCUAAUUAAUACGUCUAUGUACUUACAUUUGAGAGCUUUGCUUAAAAGAUAAUGGGGGGAGAUAUAUUGCAGUAAAUCUGAUUUAGUAAAAUCCUGGAAACCCUAUGUUCGUAUGGCCAUGUAUUACGGUAAUUUACAUGUAAUUUGAAAAUAAGAUGAUUUUCUUGGUGUUUUUUUUAAAUUGUUUAAAAAGUUGUUUAGAUAAAGGUAAUGUACUAAAGAAAUUCUUUGUAUUUUACAAAUUUAAUUCUGAAUAUUUCAAGUACUUUUUCGAGUUUUGUCAAAAACCUCGCACAUUACAUUUAGAGACUGCUGAUCUCGUCCACAGAUAAGCCUGAUUGUUUGUCUCUUUCCAUCGCAGCGUAUACACUAAAGACAGAAAGGGACGGAAUAUUCUAUGAAUGUGAUUUCAUAGAAUAUUCCGUCAGUUAUGAUAUGGAUAAUCGCAACUUGGAGAAUGCUAGAGGUGAUGGCUUGAUUGUGAUUUAUAUAGAAAUAAAUAUUUACUAAGUGAUUUAAAUUCAUAAAGGCCGUCUUACAGUUUAAAUCUCGUUUUUUAUUAUACAUUAUAUACUUUUGUAAAGUGUAAUCCUUUAUUUACGGGAGUCGUACUUGGCAAUCUGACUCUCACUCUCACUCUCAAUCUCACCCUCAACAGGGCACAAAGCUUCAGUAAUGACAUUUCAGAUGAUGUCAUAAACAUGAAAAAUGCUUUUUUCUUAGUACAUUAUCUAUAACACAAAAUAUAUAAGAUACCCUGUUGGAAAUAUUACAAUUUAUAUAUUUGUUUUAAAUUCAGAGUGUGUAUGUAUGAGUCGAUUGUAUACGCGUGUCCGAGGUUUAGUUUCUAUAUAAUAUCUGUAGAUAACGAGAAAAUAUAUAAAAGUUCUUCAAUAUUGGCAUUUGACAAUUGACAUAUGUCAGUUGUCAUUGCCAAUAUUGAAUACAUAUGUGAACGUCAAAUUCGAUGUAGCACAGAUCACGGCUUGAACUAUUACAGGGUGAUUUCUUGUGUCGUUUUUUUAUAUGAACUUAAACAAGGAUACCCUGUAUAAUAUUGGAUCAUGACAAAUUGUCGAUUUGAUUUUUUAAAGAUUAAGUAAAAUAUAACGAUAACUGAUGUUAAGCGUACCCGAAAGCGGUUAGUAGUUGGAUGGGGUUUCGUUAGUGUUACCAACAUGCUAUUGUGAUCUGGAAAAACACUAAUUUUAAGUUGGUGAGUUUCAACGGAAGCUGUGCAGUGUGAAUUUGUACAUAAUUAGGUAGGAAUGUUUUUAGAGUAAGACUUGAAAAUUGCCCCACAGUGUAGGUGUUGCUAGAUUUUCUAAAUGGCAAUUGUCAGAUCAUAUGAGUAUCGGUAGCUAGUAUCAAAAUGGGUCAAAUCAAUUAAUGGGUCAAAAGUAUCAACCAAGAAUUUUAAAACUAUGUAAUUAAGUUCUAUUUGCACACACAGAAUAUGCAGGGAAAGGUGAUACUCGGUUCAUUGUUUUAUUAUUUUAAAUCACAUUCAUUUUCAAGGUUUUUUUUUCUAGUAAUCCGAUACUCUAACACAAAUCCUAAUUAAGGGAGCGAUGUAUUAUAUUAGUGUGUUCGAAUAGCUUGUAGAUAAUUCGAUAUAAGCACAGGUAUCUGAGCGUUUUAAUUUUAAUUUUUUUAAGUCCGGUUCAUUCACAAAGUAUUAAUUAUUAUGCUCAUUAUUUGUACGAGAAUCACUUUUUGUUGACACCCCUGCUUAAUAUACGCACGGUUCAAAAUACAAGUAGUAGACGCGAAAUAUUUAAUCACAUUAUUCUACCUACCCGGAUAAUGUUACGCAUAGAUAAAAUAACGAGUAGCGAGCCUUUGAAAUAGUAUUAACGGUGAAAUACGGAGAACUCAAUAUUCGUAUGAAAAUCUAUUUUUGUUGACACGGUUUACCUACCUAAUUUUUUGAUUGUCUCUACCUACCCGGCUAAAGUUCCGCUGAUACUAAGAUAUGAUUGCGAUCGUGUAAUGUGUCUUGUAUUUUAGUUUUCCAUUGACCUGCGCGGUAUUUUCAUACAAAUAUUGAUAUAUCACUUGUAUCUGUGCAGUCAUCAUCGUCAUCCAGACAGGAGAAUAAAUUGAAAAUGUCUGUAUAUCGAAUUUUAUUUAAACUGUCUCUAUCGAGUUAACCUGUCAUAAAUUAUAUUCUAUAAUUCUCUUUGUUUCUUAAAUUCUUUGAUUGUGUAUUAUCUAUUCUGGUUAAGGCUUUUUUACGCUUGUUAAAAAUUAUUCAUGACGUUUAAUGACAGCUCAUAAAUAUAAUCUAUGGCGCAAGUAUCACAGAUUAGCGUUUCAUACUUGUCAAACUCAUGGUUAUCGAUAAAGUUAGGGUUAUUAUUUUUUUAUUUUUCGCUUUAAGUAAUUUGUAUUAUAAGCGCCUAGAUUUGUAUAUAAAGCUUGUUAAAUUAAGUCCCGUUUCUCCUAUAGAAUUUUAAUUGUAUAAUAAGCGAGUUUGUAUAUUGUAUGUGUAAAUUACGUUUAAUUUUUUUUAUUACGUAAUUUGGACUGCGCUGUUGUGUUGACAUCGCGCCAAACGACCCUCGCCGAGUUACGUCAAAAUGACGUUUUAAACAUAGACAAUUUACACGUCAUAUGACAAUGUACACGAUUAAUGUCAUUUCAAGGAGAAUAAACCUAUGUAUGUUGCUAUGAAAACUCUUGGCUUGUAGUCCAAAAGGUGGCAUCGCGUGGUGUACAUCUGUCAAAUAAUUUAUAUUUUAACAUAAGUAGAUUAAUCGUAUCGUAAUGACAGAUGAGUUUAAUUUCAAAUUAUGGUUCAAACUUUUGGGGUGCAAGCUUUUCGCCUUUUAACUGUACUUAUGAAUGCUUAUUUAAUUAACUAUUAGUUUAAUCUACCACCAAAUAUGUCCGAAUUACGAUUUUAUGCGCCCAGAUCUUUACGUAAGCAGUGCUUAAAUAUUUUUUUAAAUCUUUCAACACUCACAAAACGGCCUAGUAGCAUAGACGAGUCUGUAAAUUGUCAAAGUGACAUGUAUAUAGCGAAUAAAUUUUACCGCGAAUGCUGCGUAUUAUGACACUGCCACGUUAGUAUAAAAUGCUACAGACUAUAUAACCAGCCAAUCGAACCGAUGGUAUCUCGAAGAAAUACACAUAGGCGAGUUCCUAAAUGUAUACAUAAAAUAUAAGAUUUAAUCGUAUUUAUUGCAUAGGCUCUGAGAAGCGACAUCACUUUGUCAAGUGUCAAGUUUUGACAGAUUGAAAAUGUCUAGCGAUCGUUAUGUUGGUGAAUUACGUUGUAAUAGAAUGCUAGUGUAUGUUUUUUAUUUAUCCAUAUUCAUUAUACUAUAAUGGAUUAUAGACUGCUUUGUUUCUGAAAUUGGAUGUUCAUAAUUGUAAAUAUGAAGUUUCUUUUUAAUAAAUAUGUGUCUAUUGA